AUGGACUCCGUUGAAGCAACAUUAGUCACGUUGUCUUUAGUGCUGCUUUUACGUAAGCAGCCGAAGCGUAGGCAACGAAAGCAGCGUCAAUAUUGGAUGCACCCAUUUAAUAAAGAAAGAUUACUCUGUGGACAUCAUGUAACAACGUUUAAAAUACUAAAAAACUAUGAUCUCAAAUUCAGAAGUUGUUAUAGAAUGUCUUAUUCGACGUUUUGUGAAUUGCUUUCCAUUGUAAAACCAGAGUUGACACGCAAAAAUACAGUGAUGAGACAAUGUAUAUCAGCUGAAGAACGACUAACAAUAACUUUAAGGUACUUAGCAACUGGAUGUAAUUUCACAGAUCUUCAUUUGGAUUUUAAAUGUGGACAUACUACUGCACGUACGAUUGUGAAGGAAACUGUGGAAGUAAUAUGGAAAAAAUUAAAAGACAUCUCCAUGCCAGAACCAACAGAAGAAUUACAUUUAGAAACCGCUGAAGGAUUUAUGAAACAUGCAAAUUUUCCUAACUUAAUUGGAGCAAUAGAUGGAAAACAUAUAAGAAUUAUAAAACCAUGUCAUACCGGCUCAGAAUAUUACAAUUAUAAACAUUUUUUUUCCAUCGUGUUGCUAGCAAUAUGUGACGCUAAUUACAAUUUCAUAGAUAUAGAUGUCGGAUGCUAUGGAAAGAGCUCAGAUUCAACAAUACAUGACAGCAGCGAAUGGAUAAAAAAGUUACGACAAGGAAAUUAUAAUAUACCUCAAUCAAGACCUAUAUCUAACAAUGGAAUACCUAUACCGUUUUCGUUUAUUGGCGAUGAAGGAUUUGCCUUAUCACAACACUUGCAAAGACCAUACGCUGGUAAACAUUUACCACGAAAUAAGAGAAUAUAUAAUUACCGCUUGACGCGCGCACGGCGUUAUAUUGAAUGUACGUUUGGUAUAUUGAGUAACAAAUUUAAAAUUUUCAACCGGCCCAUAAACGUUAAUGUUGAUUUUGCUACGAAUAUUGUUAAAGCGUGUUGCGUAUUGCACAAUUUUAUACGUAAGCGAGAUGGGUACAAAUUUGAUCACACUUUGAGUAUAGUCGGAUUCCAAGAUCCACCUGCCAGUGAAAAUUUACAUUUAAUUAGAAGACGAGGUUCAGAACUAAGUGGUACUGCAAUUCGAAACAUAUAUACUGACUAUUUCACCGGUGUAGGUUCUGUACCGUGGCAAGAUUCAAAAAUUUGAAAUAAUGUAACCUAAAAUGGCUAUAAGUAACUAGAAAGAGCUGUAAACGUAACUUGAUUCGUUCAUUCUAGAACAUCUCAUUAUUCUCA